AAAGCGGAUAGGCAGCUAAACAAACCGCGGAAUCUUUCCGAGAAGACACCGACAGAGCUCAGGGCUCAUCGUCCCCCGGCUCCUGGUUCCCUGCGACAAGUGGAUUUCAACCCAGGCUUAAAUACAGCAGCAUCAGGACCAGCCAUCUCACCUGAGAAGAAGAGGAGGAUAAAACAGAUUCAACAAAGAGGACUCCAGCACCUGUACUUCAACUCAAGAUCAGUGGGAAAAAAAUGCAUCAGGCACUAACUCAGAUAUACCGGAUAUGAGCAAAAAUGGGGACUCUGUCAGACACCAUGACAAGCCAGCAGCUUUGACAGCCCAAGAGAAAAUCCUUUUUUGCAUAUGUGAAAGAACAUUCUUUACUUUCAAUAACAGACUCGCAUAAGAAUACAGCCUUGUUUCAUUUUAUUUUAAAACACCCCCUUCUUCCCCAGUCCCAUCAUGAAGAGUGUUCUCCUCCUCCUUCCCAUUUUCCUGCUCUUAUGCCCACCAGCACUGGUCAGAGGUGACUGCUGGCUCAUCGAGGGGGAUAAAGGUUACGUGUGGCUGGCCAUCUGCAGCCAGAACCAGCCACCGUAUGAGACAAUCCCACAGCACAUCAACAACACAGUGCAUGAUUUGCGGCUUAAUGAGAACAAGAUCAAAGCAAUUUUUUUCACCUCCUUGAGUCGCUUCUCAAAUCUGACAGACCUCAACCUCACUAAGAAUGAGAUCUCAUACAUAGAAGAUGGUGCUUUUGCAAGCCAAGCAAAUCUACUGAUUCUGCACCUUGGAUAUAACAAGUUAACUAACCUGACUGAAGGCAUGUUGCGAGGUCUGGGACGAAUGCAGUGUCUUUUCCUCCAGCACAAUCUUAUAGAAGUUAUUGCCACUAAUGCGUUCUGGGAGUGCCCUAGUCUCAGCAACCUGGACCUGACAUCAAACAAGCUUGCCCGACUGGACCCAUCCACUUUCACUGUAUUGGGCAGGCUCAUGGGAUGUGAACUUGCAGGAAACCCAUUUCACUGCGGCUGUGAGCUCUACAGCUUCCUAACCUGGUUAGAAGUCUUCAACAAUGUAACGCACACCUAUGAUCGACUUCAGUGCGAGACCCCACGGGAGAUGUUUGGCUAUCCAUUGCUGAGUCCUGUGGGGGGGCAUGGACGGAGUGCUCGUCACAUCCUGUCCUCAGUGUGCCGGGAUGGGGUGCUAAUUCCUGGAAUGACAUCUUUACCACCUGACCCCGAUUCUUCAGGCAUGGAGCCUGGCAUGUUUGAGCCCAUUGGCCCAUACCAUCAGCCCACAACUUCCUCGUCAUCAGAUAAACCGUUUAGUCCUAGUAUCAAACUGCAACAUGUGUCCCUUUCCGCUGCAUCUCUUCUGAUCCAGAUUCCAAAUCCAUACAGCAAAAUGUACAUCCUGGUACAAUACAAUCAGAGCUUUGUGUCAGAUGUGAUGAACUUGAAGAAUAAAAAGGAAAUGAUCACCCUUAACAAGCUCAAACCAAACACCAACUACACCUUCUGUGUGGCGUCUAUACGAAAUUCCCAACGCUACAACCACACCUGUUUAUAUUUUUCUACACGAGCUCCAAAUCCAGAUGACUUGAUGCCUCCACCAUCCACGACUACCCACUACAUAAUGACCAUUGUUGGCUGCCUGUUUGGAAUGCUCAUUGUUCUCGGGUUUGUCUACUAUUGCUUGCGAAGACGUCGCCGUCAAGAAGAGAAAGAAAAAUCCAUCUGCGUGAAAAAGACUAUUCUGGAAAUGCGAUAUGGACCAGAAGUGGCAGCAGCAGUUGCAAAUGACCCCUCAGCUGUCCAGAAACUUCAUGAGCAAAGCCACCAUCAGCACCAUCAUGGCAAACUGCCCAUGUCCUCCUCAUCCAGCUCUGCCAUGCUUGGCCAUGGUUCUGCCAACACAAGCUCCUCACGUCUAUCCUCCAUCCCUCAAGUAGAGAAGAUGGCAACUGCCUUCUCAGAAGCCAUGGGGUCUAAAGGCAACUAUAUGGAUAUUAGGACCUCUGUAGGAGGUGAUGAAAGGGGGAGAGAUGGGGGUGUGGUGCAUGGUCUUCGGGAGGAAGACCUCAGGGGGGAUGAUGGAAGUGACCUGGGUGAUGACUCAGAUGAUGAUGGUCGAGGAUCAGCAUCUGAGAUUUCAACCAUUGCGAUGGAAGUGGACAAGGUCAACCAGAUAAUUAACAACUGCAUUGAUGCCCUCAAGCUAGACUCUGUUACAGCAUCUAGCGUUUCCACCACAGUAAGUGGUCCCACAUCACCCCCACCUACUUCUACCUCCUCCCUGACGAAAGGACUGAUUCCUAUCUCUAGUAGCAUGAGUGAUACCUGCCAAGUCCUGCCCUCCCCAAAGAUCCCUCCACCACCCCCUCUUCCCUUCCCAGCUCCUCUGUGUGAGAGACCUGGGAUCACAGGGGGCGGGUUUGUGUCACCGCCAUACCGUCCACCUCCCCCAGCUUCCGCAGUGAGGCCUAUUCAAAGACAGAUGAGUGCUGAUGCAGCUGUCAUCGUUUCCUCUGCCAAGAGGCACUGCCGCCCUUCAAGUGGGAAAGCUCGUGUGUACAGCUUAGACGUUCCGGAACCCCACAGCCCAGAUCCUUGCCACUAUACAGACAAGGGCAGUCCAUUGGGGUGUGGAGAACCCCUUGAGAGGCUCCCAUUAGUAGGUAGUGGAGGAGGUGGUGGCUGUAGCAUAGAUGGUGGGACUGUAGAUGGGAUGGCCCUUCAGCAGCACCUGGAGGUGCACCCAGACUACCACUGUGCCGAGCAUCGUCACUCAGUCCCUGCCCUUUACUACGAGGGCUCUCAUGAUUCCCCUGCCCAAAGGGUGUCCUUUCUUAAGCCGCUGUCACGCACCAAGAGAGACGCUGCUUCCUACUCUCAGCUCUCUCCACGUCACCACAAUUACUCUGGCUACUCCUCAAGUCCAGAAUACUCCACCGAGAGCACCUUGCGCAUCUGGGAGCGUUUCCGACCUCACAGAAAAGGUCCACGUGAAGAGUCCUGUUAUGUAACGGCGGGAAACGCCUUGCGAAAAAAGGUCCAGUUUGCCAAGGGGGAGGACUUGCAUGACAUCCUUGAUUACUGGAAGGGUGUGUCGGCACAGCAAAAGCUGUAAUCUAUGGGACUGCGUGGAUACAUAGCGCAGGUCUCCUUCACUGCCUGAUGAACUGGGAGAGCAACAGGUUAUGGCUGCAGUGGUCAAAACAGAGCCAAGUGUGUCAGGGUUUGAGGACAAGUCUUUUAAUCUGGUUUUGUACAGUGAGCCAGAAAGAGAGCAAAAGAGCCUGAGGAUACACUGUAUACAUAGGAAAACAUUCAGCGAUUUUAUUUGGAGCAAUGACAAUUGUCAUACUCUCUGGGAAAAGAUGCGCUUAUCAUUUGUCAAUAUUUGAAAUAAUUGUAUUUUACUCUGCAUUCAUCUGUGUAUUCAUCAUUCAUAUCAAUGGCGAGACCUUUGUAACCUGAGCCCUCAUUCAGCCUGAGAGAAAAUCUUUGUUUAUAACUCCCACUGAAAUCAUAGGCCAUUACAUCCAUUUGUUAGGCAGGAGUGUGAAAGAAUGUGUGGUUUAGGAGGAUAAAAUGAUGCGCUGAUUUUCUACAAACCUGUCAAAAGCAGUUUUCCCCUUCCAUACGGCAGAGGCUGUGCACAGGGCAUCCAAAUUUACAUUUCAAUAGCACUCCUUGUGAGAAAUAUAAAGGAAUAGA